AUGUCCGGUACGUGUUUCGUGACCCACACGAAUGUCAUUGGCCGGCACAUGUUCUGCUCCGAAUUGUGUCCAUUACAGGCUUCCAAUUGGUACAGGCACCUGCCUCUUGCAUCGCCGAGUGAUGCCCGUGGCAACAAGAGCGGGCUGGGGCGCAAGCCUGGCGUGCAGAGAGGCAGAUGGUGCAUGCCACCUACUCCGUGGAUAACUGAGGAUGUGGCUGCCUUGUCCCAGAGUAUGCAGAAGGCUACAAUGAACGCAGAGCAGAAGCCCAACACUAAGGAACAGGCCUUGUCAGCCUCUCUGCUGCCACCUGGGGUGCCCGACAUCCUUGCGGGCGACCUCCAGGCGCCCCAGAUGUGCGCCCAUUAUGCACAGGAGAUGUUCGACUGCAUGACAUACCUUGAAAGCAAGUGGCCUGUGCCGCCCAAGUUCCUCCGGCUGCAGACGGCGCUGACACCCGAGAUGAGGGCCAUCCUCAUCAACAGGAUGAUGAUGGUGCACCAACGCUUCCAGAUGCUCCAAGAAACAUUGUUCCUGGCCGUCUCACUCACUGACAAAUUCCUGCAGGGGCAGAGUGUGAGCCGUUCCACGCUUCAGCUGCUGGGUGUGUCGGCCAUCUUUGUUGCCGGCAAGUUUGAGGCGAUGAUGCCGCCCGCACUUGGAGACAUGAUCUACGUCACCGUUGGUGCUUACCAGAGCAAGGACGUGCUGCGCAUGGAGCAGCAGAUCCUUCGCACACUCGACUGGUUCUUGGGGCAACCCUUGCGUCUUUACCACCCGCGCCGAAACUCCAAGGCAGCCCAGGCUGAAAUUGCGGAGCAUAGCCUGGCCAAGUUGGUGCUGGUGCUGUGCCUGCUGGACUACCCCAGGGCAUGGGUGCGGCCCUCCGAGCAGGCUACUGCGGCCGUCUGCCUCAGCCUGUCGUUGUUUGACCGGGAGGACCAGCACAGGCGGGGUUCCCUGAUGUCGAACUUUGGGCGCUACACGGAGGAAGCCCUGCAGCCCACCAUCAAAUGCAUGGCAGGACUUCUCCUCGAUCCACCAAAAAGCACCCUCAAGGCUCCAUUCGAGAAGUACAAGCGCCGCCGGCUCGAAGGUGUGAGCACAGUGAUCGUUUCCCACGAUGCUAAGCUCCGCAAGAUGGCUGGCCGACCCUGA